CCCGGAAGUGUCGCGCUGCCCGCGGUGGCUCCGGCCGGGCCCGGGUGCCGCCGCCGCCGUCAUGGGGGGCAAGAACAAGCAGCGAACCAAGGGCAAUCUGCGGCCUUCUAGCAGUGGCCGAGCUGCAGAGCUCCUUGCCAAAGAACGUGGAACGGUGCCUGGGUUUAUUGGCUUUGGAACAUCUCAGAGCGAUCUAGGAUAUGUUCCGGCAAUUCAAGGAGCAGAGGAAAUAGACAGCCUUGUGGAUGCUGAUUUCCGAAUGGUGUUGAGAAAACUUUCUAAAAGAGAUAUUACAACCAAGUUAAAAGCUAUGCAAGAGUUUGGAGCAAUGUGCAAGGAAAGAGAAGCAGAAGUUGUUAAAGGUGUUCUUCCUUACUGGCCGAGAAUUUACUGUAAAAUUUCACUAGAUCAUGAUCGCCGUGUUCGAGAAGCAACUCAGCAAUCUUUUGAGCAACUGAUUCUUAAAGUAAAAAAACACUUAGCUCCUUACUUAAAAAGUAUCAUGGGUUACUGGCUGAUUGCUCAGUGUGACACUUACUUGCCUGCUGCUUCUGCUGCAAAAGUAGCUUUUGAAAAAGCUUUUCCUUCGAGCAAACAACCUGAAGCCUUAGUAUUCUGCAAGGAUGAAAUUCUUAAUGUACUUCAAGAUCACCUUCUGAAAGAAACAGCKGAUACACUCAGUGACCCUCAAACUGUACCAGAAGAAGAAAGGGAAGCCAAAUUUUUCCGGAUUCUGACCUGUUCCUUGUUAGCUUUGAGAAAGUUGCUCAGCUUGUUGCCUAAGAAAGAGCUGCAUUCAUUGGAGGAAAAGUUAAAGUCACUUCUGUCCCAAAACAAAUUUUGGAAAUACAGCAAACAUAACGUACCACAGGUUUGCUCAGCUUUCUUUGAGCUGAUUUCUGCCUUUUGCCAGCACUUGCCUGAGGUGGUAAAAGCUGAAGCACCAAGAGUUUGUCCUGCUGUUCUUCUCAGCAUUGAUCACAGUGAUGCAGUGGUGUGUCCUGCWCUUUGGGAAGCAGUGCUUUAUACUGUCACCACUAUUGAGGACUGUUGGAAUCAYGUAAAUGCCAGGAAGGGAGUUCUGCCAAAGCUCUGGACAGUGCUUCGAGAAGGUGGGCGAGGAUUAGCUACUGUUAUCUACCCAAACCUCCUGCCCUUCUUUAGCAAGGUGCCUGCUGGCGUUGUGGAACCGAAGCUGGAAUUCCUUAGAGUUUUUUUCAGCUCUAUAAUUCAAGGGUUGUCAAAUGAGAGGACAAUAGCCAGCCCUUCGGAAAGUUCAGCAAUUAUAACUGCAUUUAUGGAGUGUCUGUGCUUUGCUGUACUGCAGAAAAGUGAAGAAGACCAAAACMAAAUUCAUGAAAUGCUUAUAUGUGACCAGCUAAUUCCUUUUAUCAAUACUGUGCUUAAGGAGCCUAAGUUACAAAGUGGACCAUUAUUUUAUCAAAUAGCAGAAAUGCUGAAUUCUUGGGAAGCUAAAGCAGAGUGCUCCAGUCAUGACGGCACAGAUGAAGUUUUCCAGAAACUCUUGUCAGAAUUUUGGGACCAUCUUUUAAAAAUGUGUAUACUUCAUGUUGAUAGGUUGGAUGCUGAUGAGAAAUCACUGUUUGCCAUAUCUGGUAUGCUAGAAAUUCUUCAGAAUCCAAAGACAGCUACAAAACCAAACAACAGAAAAUCUCUAAAAAUCAGAUUUGCAGAUGAGGAUGAAUCUGAAAGGAACACAGAGAAUCAAAAGCUCAUGGAAGUGAGAACUGGUGACUCUGAAAUUCAGGCUCACUUGCAGCAAACUUCACAUCUAAGGAAAGARCCUCUAGAGAACUUGGUCUGCAACCUUGCUGAGCUGAGCAUUGUCUAUGUCAAUGAACAGAAGUCAGAACAGCAUUUGAAAUUCCUCUCUGCCCUGCUCAACUCAUUUUCCUCAAACAGAGUUUUCCAAGUACUUUUGGAGCAGGGAAAUGAUGAAAGUUCUGCUCAAGCUGAAUCCCAAAAUGAAAUGAAAGCUCAUAACCAAAGUCCAUCUGUACARUUUCUGUAUAUGAAUUUAAUAACUUGGCUGAAAGAAGACUGGAGGAAAGACACCCAUUUCYUGGUUGAUAUUUUAUACAGUGUACUUCAUUGUUGCAACAGUAAUGAUGAAAGAAAAGUAAUUCUUGAUGAUUUAGCAAAGAUGGAUCUGAAAUGGAUUAUUUUUCUCCAGAUAAUUCAAAAGGCAUGCUCAAGCACAGCAAAACUUUCCUUAAUCUCUGACUGGCUGAAGGGAGACACGCUUGGAGAAAGACUGGUGAUGCUGGCAGAUGAUCUGUGUCACCUGGGUUUGAAGCCUAGAGCAGCCUCAUCAGAAUCAGCCUCUUCAGAAAGGUGGACCCUCCUGAGCUUGGUGUUGUCGCAGCAUGUUAAAAAUGAAUCCUUGAUUGGUGAAACUUUUGUUGAAAGGAUUAUUGAUAAACUUCAGGCAGCCCUGUCUAAAGCAAAGGAUCUUUCUGAAGCUGGAAAUACUGAACCAUCAGUAUCUUUCAUCUGUGAUGUGGCCUCGAGCUUUUUCAGCUCAGUGAAAGGGUGUUUACUGAUGCCAUCCUCAGAAGACCUGCUCCUUACCAUCUUCCAGCUGUGUGCUCAGAGGCAGGAUGCAACACACCUGACAGAUUUACUCAUAUGCAAAUUAAAACACACUUGGGUGUCUGGUGUAAAUUCGCUUGUACAUCAGCUUCAGAGCACUCAGAAGCAGAGCACCUUUUUGCUUAAAGCUGCACUGUGGGUGAAGAACCAAGUUCAGUCUUCCUCUUUGGAUGUUAAAAGUCUUCAGGUUUUGAUCUCUGCAGUCAGUGAUUUGUUGUUGACACUCAUGGAAGCUGAAGGACAGUCUGGGUAUCUUGUGAGAACUUAUGUGGAGCAUGUCACACCAAACAAAACUGAGUGGGGGAAAUUGCACGAGUCUCUGUGCUCUGAGUGGAUGCACAAGCCCCUUUUGGAAGGAAGGCUUAGUAUGAAUUGUGAACCUCUGGGAUCAAGUGUCAAGCUGUGUGGCACAACUAAACUUCCAGGCCAUCUGUGUACUUCAGCUGCAUUAAGUAAAAUGAUACUACUUGAACUGGAAAAUAGUGUAGUCCAUGGAAAUGAUGAUGUUGAAAGAAAGAAAAUUGAUAAUAUAAUUGCAGAACUGUURUACUCAUUACAAUGGAUUGAAGAAYUKGASAAUCCUCCUURUCUGCUUCUGGAAUAUCUUCAUAUGUUGGAAGAGAUGCACAUCACAUAUGAGAAGUUCAGUACUCUGAGUAGUACAGCUAGCCUGCAGCAAACUUUAUUUGACAGAUCAGAGGAACAUGGAAGACUCUGGUCCUUAACCAUGGCCAAAGUGAUCCGUGCUGAGAGUGCUGUAUCCUGGGAAAGGAAAGAGCUUUUCAAGACAACAGAAGGGUUCCUUCCAUUAACAGAGGGCAGAUUGCAUACACUCCAGUGUUUAUCACCUGUCUUAAUUGAGGAAGAAAAGAGAGAACUUGUCUUCCAUUGUGUGGCCAAACUUAUGACAUGCACACAGACCGAGCUUUCCAGCACUGAUGGAGCAUUUGGGUGUCUUUCCAUUUUGAACUCCUGCCUGAAGGACAGGAGUAUUGAUUGUGAUCAUCUAUUACCUGCAAUACUGAAAAUCAUAAUAUCUUGGAAAAACGAUAAUGAGGACAGCUUUCUCUUUAGCUGGUGGGUGCAACUUUGAGAUGU